AUGGGAGCGUCGGGGACAAACUUUAAACACCGGCGCGUCCUUGAACGGAGAGCGCCGGCCCGGGACGGGGGAGACCGGGCACUGGCCACCGGUGGCUGCAAAUGGGUCCUGGUGCAAAACAAGGGGAACCCGGUGUACCUCCACGAGCUGCUGGAAGGCAGCGAGAUCGACUUUCCUGAAGUGAAGAAGCCUCCGAGGAAUCCAGAGCUGGUCGCCCGCCUGGAGAAGAUAAAGGCUAAGCUUGCCAACGAGGAGUACAGGCGCAUGACAAGAAACAUCCAUUGCCAGGAUGUGUGCCGGGAUGGGACUCUGGCUGAUUUGGGAAGGCAGGUUAGGUCAGUGAAAGCUCUCAUCAUCACCAUAUUCAACUUCAUUGUCACUGUGGCAGCUGCAUUUGCCUGCACCUACCUGGGCAGACAGUACAUCUUUACCGAGACAGCAGCGCGUGUGCUGUCAGCUGUAAUAGUGGCCUCGGUGGUCGGCUUGGCCGAAAUGUACGUGAUGGUGAGGACCAUAGAAGGGGAGCUUGGAGAACUGUAGUGGAGGCUUCCACCACAUACUGUGAUCCUUCAGCUGGAGGCCACCUUCCUACCCUGUGGGCUAUUUAUUGGAGGCCACAAACGUGUCUGGUGCUGGUCUGUGAAUUCCUUGCAACUGUCAUUGCUUCUAUGGACACUCUCUCUCCUCCGACAGCGCUCCCUGGCUGCCCGCUUUCUGGAGUGAGGCAUUGGGUGCACUGACUGGUGACUGCAGCGUCAAACAGGAUGUCCACACAGACCUUUCAGAGCAUGCACACAGCACAGGGAGGAGCAGGAGAUGAACUCUGCCUCCUCUUCUGGCUCCACAGCUGCUCCUGCUCCUUCUUGUUAGAGACUACCCAGGUCUAUCCCAGCUCCAUUCAUGUCAGGGCCAGCUCCAUCUCUGGUAGAGGUCUCAGCACCUGGUUUCUGCAAAUGCUUUUUAUUCCUACAGGUUGAAUCCCACCCUGCCCCUUCCUCCCCCCAGACUGCUGCUUUAGUGAGAAGGGGGGAUAUGUAAACCUGUUCAGGACUGACCCACCUCCUGUGUUAACGGCCUUGCUUCUGUCCUCUGCACACAGCAGCUCCUGGACAUGGAGAAGGCAGUCCAGGCCCCGGCCCUCCACUUGGACAGGGUGACUACCUGUCUACUUCCUGACACUUCAUAGAGCUGUUUGCUGUUCUCUUGGGACCAGGGGGGUUGGGAUUGCUCCGGGGACCUCUCUCAUUGUUAAUAAAGUUGAACCCUGCUUCUGACAAACAAAGUGACCGAUUUGCUUCUGGACAGGAGUCAGGCCAGAGGCAGGGGCAGCAGCAUGGGUGGGGGCUUGCAGCAGGGUUGGGGGAGGCAGAGGAUCCCCAAAUCCCUCUUGUGCUGUUUUGGGUGGGGGGAGCUGGGAGGAAUUACCCACUUUCUCCCUGUGCUAUGCAAGAUCGAGCUUCAGGGCAAGUCCUGCCUCUCCCUCUGCAGAUGUGCACUUACCUUGCUGUCAUCUGCUCCAGCCAGUGUCUCAGUUUCCCCUAUUGUUUGGAAAGCUUGCCUACCCGGCCCCUGGGCUGUAGCACAAGAGCUGGCUGCAAGAAGGGCAGCCUCUAGCACCUGGUGAUCCUAUUUGCUGGGCUGCAAAUCUCAGAAGCCCUUAGCAAUCAGAAUGGGAGCAGAACACAAAUCCUCAUCCCCCCCAAGCUGACCCCCGUCACUACAUGGUGUGCUGUGAUGGGUCUUCCAUCUCGGGGAAAGCUGAUGGGUUUGCACAGCCAGCCGGU